CCUGCGCCCGCCCCUCCGUGGCGGGAACUGAGGCGGCUGUGCCGACGGUGGCAGAUCAGUCGCCGUGUCCGGCCGCUCGGGGCUCCCUGAGCCUCAUAUUUUCAGGUUGGGGAACGGAGCUAAGACUGCGACACCGCCUCGUCCCUUCACCGUCUGGGAACCCCGGGAACCCCAGGAACGAGCCGGCAGCGUCCUCGCUCCGGGGUCGGGCGGCUGGAAGGCCCAGGCGGUGGCCCGGGAAACGCGCGCGGAAGAGCGGGGGGAUCACAGGGUGAAGUAACCAUGCAGGCAUUUUUAAAAGGCACAUCCAUCAGUACUAAACCACCGUUGACCAAGGAUCGAGGAGUAGCUGCUACUGCUGGAAGCAGUGGAGAGAACAAGAAAGCCAAACCUGUUCCAUGGGUGGAAAAAUAUCGUCCAAAAUGUGUGGAUGAAGUUGCUUUCCAGGAAGAAGUGGUUGCAGUACUGAAAAAGUCUUUAGAAGGAGCUGAUCUCCCCAAUCUCCUGUUUUAUGGGCCACCUGGAACUGGAAAAACAUCCACUAUUUUGGCAGCAGCGAGGGAACUCUUUGGGCAUGAACUUUUUCGAUUAAGAGUUCUUGAGUUAAAUGCAUCUGAUGAACGUGGAAUACAAGUAGUUAGAGAAAAAGUGAAGAAUUUUGCUCAAUUAACUGUAUCAGGAAGUCGUUCAGAUGGGAAGCCAUGUCCUCCUUUUAAGAUUGUGAUUCUGGAUGAAGCAGAUUCUAUGACCUCAGCUGCUCAGGCAGCGUUAAGACGUACCAUGGAGAAAGAAUCUAAAACCACACGAUUCUGUCUCAUCUGUAAUUAUGUCAGUCGAAUAAUUGAACCUCUGACCUCCAGAUGUUCUAAAUUCCGCUUCAAACCUCUGUCAGAUAAAAUUCAACAGCAGCGAUUACUAGACAUUGCUGAUAAAGAACAUGUCAAAAUAAGCAAUGAGGGACUGUCUUGUCUUGUUCAAGUAUCAGAAGGAGACUUAAGAAAAGCCAUUACAUUUCUUCAAAGUGCUACUAGAUUAACAGGUGGGAAGGAGGUCACAGAUAAAGUGAUCACAGACAUUGCUGGGGUAAUACCAGUUGAGACAGUUGAUGGAAUAUUUGCUGCAUGUCAGAGUGGCUCUUUUGACAAGCUAGAAGCUGUGGUAAAGGACUUAAUAGAUGAAGGUCAUGCAGCAACUCAGCUUGUAAAUCAACUUCAUGAUGUAGUUGUAGAAAAUGAUGCUCUUUCUGAUAAACAAAAGUCCAUUAUUACAGAAAAACUUGCUGAUGUUGACAAGUGUUUAGCAGAUGGUGCUGAUGAACAUCUGCAAUUGAUUAGCCUCUGUGCCAUUGUGAUGCAACAGUUAACCCAGAAUUGUUAAAACCAUAUUCAAUUCAUACUGUUUUACAAUAAAAUAAUGAAAGCACCUUUAAA